GAGUCGGAAACCCUCAGUUUGGCCUCUUUCUCUCUCUAUCAUUCUCACCUUUUUUUGCUCACUUCAUCCAUUACGGCACGCUCUGUUUAGAGACUGUGUAACCAGCUCGGAUGGUUUAACAGUGGAAAGCGGCAGAGAGAAACCCGAGGAGUCCUCUUCAUUCUAUCAAGACAAAGAAACUUACAGUAGACGUCCUCUUGAUCAGUUCAUAAUGAAGCCGGUGCUCGUCCUCCUCGUUUCCUGUUCCUGGACUUUAAUUGGAGCCCAGAAUUACUACCAGGCACUGAUGGAUUAUCUGGAGAACAGAUUGUUGGCUAUUGAGGACCGCAUGCAUCUGUGGCAUCAACAAGCCCAUCAAUACCACACAGAGAUGCUGGAUUUUAAAAAGCUAACCACAGAGACCAUGGUUGGGAUAAGGAGUGACCAGAGCGCCAUGUUUAAAGAGCUGGAAGGAGCUUCUGCUCGGAUGGACUUGGUGGAGAAAGAAAUGGACUAUGUGGAGACCCAGAAUUCUCCACGGGCUUGUGCGAACAAGGCGGACAGAGUGUUAGAGCAGGAGGCCUGGGGUCUGCAGGAGAGAGAAGAGGUGGAGGAAGACGGCGGCUGGGAGGAGCUGCAGCCCAGAGUCUCCGAGUGUGAGGAGUUGAUCUCCAGCUUCAGAUCUGUGAAGGUCCUAAAGAGAAUAGGCAGCCCCAAAGGCAUGUGGACAAGAGAUCCCAAGUCCUCCAAGGUUUACAUCUUUAACGGUACAUCAGGAGAAACCGUCUACGAGUUCAGAUCUGUUCAGGAGUUUUCCAGAUCCCAGGGAGUGGCAGAGAGCAGGAUAAUCCACCUUCCCUUUGAGUGGACCGGGCCUGGAGGCGCUGUUUAUAAUGGAUAUUUGUAUUACAUAAACCAGGAGACUGACACAGAUGUGCAGGUGAUCAAAUAUGACCUGAUGAGUGGUUUAGUGACGGACACUGCUAUGUUCCCUAUAGGGAAGCAUGUUAGUCUUUACACUUUAAAUCCUGAGACUGUUGCAGACCUUGCGGUAGAUGAUGAGGGCUUGUGGCUCCUAUUUAUCCCUACUGACAGCGAACCAAACAUUAGCCUUGCAAAGAUGGACACCGCCACGCUCGAUAUAGAGCAAAUCUGGGACACCCGUUGCCCGCGGGAGAAUGCAGAGGCGGCUUUUGUAGUCUGUGGGACCGUGUAUGUCGUUUACAACACCCGCCUGGCCAGCCGAUCUCGGAUUCAGUGCGUGUAUGACGUGAAUGACAUGAUGGUCAGUGAAGAGGCUCCUCUGCUUUACUUCCCCAGGAGGUACGGAGCACACGCUAGUCUGAAAUACAACCCAGAGGAGAAGCAACUUUAUGGCUGGGAUGAUGGCUACCAAAUCAUUUACAGGGUAACAAUAAAGAGGAAACUCUUGGCUUGAACUCUUGGUUUCAUGUUUAGAAAAAUUGAAGGAUGAAAAAAGAAAAUGUCUUUAAUCUGUUCACAAUAUAUUUGGUUGAAAAUUAAUAAUCUGUGUUUUUAUUUUGAGAGUUUAGUUGCUGCGCAACAAAGGGUUUAGUAAUGUAGAUACCAUAUGUGGUUUGUGACACAAGAAUCCCCCCCUUAACUUGAUAUACAGUAGUUGACAUUCAAAGGUUCCCCACUUUCCUUGAUGGGCCAUUGUCUGGACCUUGGCUGGUCCCCUACAAUUCCUUUUUAAACAUCAAUCUUUGUACUAAAAUAUUGUUUCUGUCAUGAUUUGUGAACAUUAAGAUCUAAAAAGAAGCGUUAUCUGCUGGUCAGACCUUAUUAUUCAGUGAAAGGGUGGAGUCAGAGUAAAAAAAUAUGCACGCCCACUACUGUACUCUAGUGUAAAAAAAAUUUGUUCACAUUUCUAUUCUAUUUCUAAUGUGUCUCAUUUAAAGGGAUCCAGAACUAGUUGAACACAAUGGCUUAAAUAUGUUUUAUUAACUGAAAAACUGCAGAAAUUUAUUCAAAAAUGAUAUUUCCUUUGUUAAUUUUUUUUUUGCAUGGAGGUCUCAAUAUUUUCCCUGUGCAGGUCAUGCUGGGUGGAUGAUGUGGUCUGAGUUGAAAACUACAGAGUAAGACAGGAAGGCUAACAUGACGAAAUUAGUUUUCAUCCUAUGCUGGUGAAGAUUCUCAGUCAUCCAGGUCAUUGUCAUUCCAAGAAAGUAAAAAA